AUGGAUAAUUUAAAUGCCCAGAUCUCCUUAGUUCAGCUGGAGCUGUAUUCUCAAGCGCUGGAUUUGCUGCUGCCCGCCUUCAGCUUGUUCCCCGAUAAGGAGUAUAUGAUUGUGCUGCAGCCAUCUGGUUCUGCUGCAGCAGGUGCUGCUGCUGCUGCUGCUGCUGCUGCUGCUUCUACUUGGUUGUCUUACUUCUAUCUAGCAGAGAGACACUGCAGCAGCACGCUGCAGCACAGUCUUUAUAUACUUCAUCGGCAAACCCUCUUGGGCCCUCCUCUAGUGCAGCCUUUGACUCCAAAGUACUGGCAGCAGGCAGCAGACAUCGCUGCUGCUGCAGGAAUUCGUCUCGAGGAUUUCAAACGCUGCAGCAGCAGCAGCAGCAGCAGCAGGAAGAACAAGAAGAACAGCAACAGCUGCAGCAGACAAGGCAGCCAGCUGGGGGCUAACGGGGAUGCUUCGGGUGGUUGCGCUUCUGCUGCUGCUGCGGAUACAGAGGAUGAAGGGUCUGCAGCAGCAGCAGCAGCAGCAGCAGCAGCAGGAGCAGGAGCAGCAACAGCAGCAGCAGCAGCAGCAGCAGAUGCUUCUCCUCAGCUGUUAGUUUGUUUAUCUGGGGGAGCUGUCGUAGGCAUAACUAACUGGAGCCCAAGUGCUGCAUCUGAAGAUUAA